CAGAGUGUCAGUAGGUGAUCCAUCUGUUGUAGUCUCGUCGGAAAAUUGAAGUAUAAUCCAGAACGAGUGAAGAAACUGAAAGCACCUAACGCGUCGCGCAGAUACUAGAGGGGAGCAACCGGCGCAAAGUGUUCGAGAUCACCUCAAGAAAGUCGAGGAACCAGAUGAAGCAGAAUCUGUCGCCGUUCUUGAGUGAUUAUGUGUCUGAGUGUUGCAACUGUUGUCCAGCAGAGAGGUUCUCCUCCGCUUCGCCCCGCCCCAGACAACACCGAACUUGAUCCCAUAUACGGACAUGAAUAAACGCGUCUAUACACACCCGUCAUUUUCAUAGGUCAUUUCCGUUGUUAAUGAUGCUGUCUGUGCAUUGUUUUCCAAGAGCCAGCUGCUGGACAGCAUAAAGAGCACAGUGUCUCACUUUGACCCUUCAACCAAAAACAAUGAAUAGGGGCAAAGAGUUUUCGAAGGUACGAAGGAACUGACUCUGUUAAUAUGAAUAUUUAACGCAAGUAGACAGCGCAGAGAUAUCUUCUGGCAGGACGUCGCUCCCAGUGUAGUUCACACUCAUUGCAAAGUAGUUGUUUACCUACUUACUCGUUUUCCUUUCCUUCCUGGUAUUACUUGGCUUGCGUAGCCAUCAUUGAUUUAGACAGGAUGGGGAUGUGGCACUCAAGAGUCAACAAGGACGAGGUGAAAGAAGUCAACGAGGCCGUGGAUGGAAUCAGGAAGGACAAGAACUGGGAACAAAAAUUCAACGAGGACGUGGAUCAAACACUGGGUUUCAUGAUGGACACUGCCAAGAAAGUUGUGAAUAUUCAGUCCGACAAACCGAAGAUUUCGAGGUCCAACGACGAGAUCGUCAAAAAGGCAGUAGGCGAUCUCGUCGACAUGAUGGCGUCGGAAAUCCCGGAAGGUAAGUACUAGAAGCUAGCAUAUGACCAAGGUUUGCUUCCAUCAUUUUAAACAGAAGUUAUAAAUUCCAUUGUUCCUUUGACGGCUGAAUGCAGUAAUCAGUUCUUUUCGGUCGUUCGUAUUCCUUCAUCUGCAUAUGAUUGCAAUGUGCAUUCCACUUGAAACAGGCGCGUCUUGGACAAAGGAGAAACUGCUUACCGACUUAGAGACGAACUACAAAAAGACUAUAGAAGCUCACAGCGAUCUUAUAUAUCUUCCAGCCCAGGUAAAAGAUCAACUCGAGGAAGAAUAUAAGAAACAUAUCAACAAGAAUUUCGGAAAGGUGACGCGACAACAUGUGACGAAUGCAUGCAAUAUGACGAAAGACGCAGAAGAUUUCGGCGGCGUUACAGCGUUGAAACGGCGUAUCGUGUAUUAUCGUUUUUUCUCUUUGGCAAUUUUUUUUCGUUCGGCAUUAUUAUUUUUUCUUCAUCCUUGGGAAAAAUAGUAAAGAAAAAUAUAGGAGUGAGUAUUGAUCGAUGAUCGAAAACAAAUCCACCUCAUCAACUCCAGGCGUAUCAAAACCAAAUGGAGGCGUUCGAUCGGUAGCAGCACUCUCCAGACUUCUGCAGCGACAACUGGCUCCACUUCUCGCGCGGCUCUUUCCACCAUGCACUUCGAGGCCGUGGCCGUCAUGCAGAUUUCGACUAUUGCGUUUGUUGCGGGCUUGGCUUUGGUUUGGUGCGUGCGCCGCCGCCGCCGCGAUCAUCGUCGCCUGUCCGCAAAUGAUGCACCGAUUUUGCCGAAGUACGGAUCUACUGCGGAUGACUGCGGUGAGGAAGAAUGCUAGAUAAAAACAACGACACCAGAUAUGAAAUAUUAGAAACUUGAUCAAAAAGUAUGUUAGUAUUCGUAGCAUUUUCUAUACAUGAAAGUUUGUCCUUGUGUCCGGUUGAAAGGUGAACCAAACGACUCAGAGCCAGAUCUUCACUAUUGUCAAAGCCGUGGGCUGUCGACCUUCAACCUACAUCACUAUCUAGUUACAUAAGUAGAAUUACCACACCAUUAUUAAGCAGUCAUGGAAUGAAGUCUAGUCGUUCCAAUCCGCAAAAUCGCAGAUAAUGUCAGUGACGCUUUUCGACAUAUACGUAGAUCAUUCAUUCAUCCAUGAAAGCGUAUGAAUCAACCUCGCGAGGCAUGGAAAAGGUGAAAACAUGACGUCAGAUUGGACUAAUCUUCACUAUCAUCAUAGUAAGUAGGUAUUCACUUUUCGAUCAUGAUUAUUGAAAAUCUACUUUGUCACAUAAAGUUAGUACUUAUCCUACGGGAAGAUCAUCCACUAUCGUGGCACUAGUUAAGUACAGCUGAUGAGAUUUACUUGCUUCGUUAAUCUUCACGGCUACCCUAUUUUUCUAGAACAUGAUAUUCCAUGUAGACAGUGGUAGAAGGUGCCUGACAAGAUAGACAUACAAAAUUUCGAAAAACAAAAAGAACAAAUUUCUCAGGAAAGAGAAAUCAUAAUCAUGUAUGAAUGACCUUGACGACUUCCACAGUUCUACCAAGUAAGUAUAUUGUUGGAUGAAAAUAGAAUGUCCUUCCACGAUUUGUUGAAACUUAAAGAACACGAAAAGUUCCUCUGUCUCUG